GGCGACCGGGUCCAUAGUUUAGCGUGAGUGUAUCUGAAAGACAACCUCUGCGGGGAUGACAUUUCCACCACCAUCAUCACAUUCUUUGCACAACGAAGCACCUCACUCUCCACCCUCCUGAUCCCCAUUCAAAGCUCUGAUGUCAGUGCUUUCAGCUUUUGCUGUAACAUUUGGACGAAUAACGACAUUAUUGCAAGUGAUUUUAUACCUUCCAUUAACACUUGAUGUGGCUGGACAAGAUGCUUUCUUGGCUUUGAGUGCAUCUCUGGCUGUUUAUUAUGCAUUCUUAUCAACUAUAAGAACACUUACAAGACGUACAUCUAUCGCUUGGAUUGGGGACUUUUUGGCCGUUUUCCAAUUCAUCGUCGUACCUGCUUGUCUCUUGAUCGUUUUCCAUGCUUAUAGUCCUCCAAGCGAGAGCUAUUUCGAUCGCAAAUAUGCAUCAAUCAAUCAAGGCACUCAAUCCUCAACAGGAGAAAGCAUGCGUGAAAGGCUUUUCUCCUCUCGGUCAAGCUCAAACACUCCAUUUCAAGCAGGUCAAGAGCAUUUAUUCACUUCUAACAAACAAAUGAUUGGAGAGGAGUACAUCGGCCGAACGCUUGGCUAUCUACUUUAUCGAUCUGUUGAAGUGAUUGUCUAUCUUGCACGUCAAGCCCCGCCAUGGUGGCACAUGCUUUUGCGCUUUUCAUCGCCUGUUUUUAGUCUUUUGGAGGGUAUUGCAACCUUGCUCGUAAUUCAAGUUGUCGGAAGCUUUUCGAGAUGGAUGAUCGCAAGAAGCCUUUUGCGUAGACCGCCCACACCGACUCGAUCGCCGUUCUCUUGGGUAACGUCACUCCUCAACAGUCUCACUUCAGCGGAGUUCUUGCAAUUGUUCUUCUUACUGGCAUCGGCUUUCAUCUAUGUCGUUUCAGCAUUGGCACUCUACGUCAGCUUUGAAGGAGCGACACGAAAUCGACCCGGCGCAGCAGCGGCAACAGGAGCAGCAAUCAGUUCUGCCUUAUGGCUAACAGCGAUCGCAUUUGCAGUACGAAAAGGCAAUGUUGUCGAGACUUCAUUAGUGUUUGCAUAUGUGGUUUGGAAUGUGUAUCAAUUGAGCGACUCGUUAUCGUUCACAGCUGAUCCAUUGGCGCUCAUUCGAUCGUUCAAAGUACUGGACACUACUGCCACAUCAGAUUACAUCCCCAGCUUCCUUCAUAAUCUUCCACCUGCUUUGGCAAACUUGUUGGAUUUGGCUUCACAUGCGUUACGUCAAUUUGCUCGAUUUGGUGCGGCAGCAGCAGCUGCAUUACCGAAAAGUGUUCUUGUUUCUUUGGUUUUUCGAUUGAUGGUUUUAUAUUCGGCAAGUAGAAUUUUACCUUUACUAAAAGGACAAACGGCCAAAGCUUGGGACGGAGAAGAAUCAAGUUGGGGAAGCGUGAGUGGAAGUGAUGAUUCAUCAAGUAGAAGUAGCGAUAGCGAAGAUGAUGAUGAGGAUUACGGGAAGGAGCUUCCACCACGCGAUGAUGUCAAUAAUGCAAAUGACAAGGGAAAGGGCAGGGCUACAGACCACCUUUCUUCAGGUCAAAGAAAGACGGCAGAUGCACGCAAGCGCAGAAGAAAUCGCAGUCUGUCAGAAGAGGAAGAGAGACGAUUGAGUGAAGAAGAACCGUUUGGAGCAUUUGUUUCUUUGAUCGUUUCGUAUGCUCGGCUGAUCUUGAUCGCAGUCUAUUCGCAUUUACUCUUAUUGGAUCAAUCACAUAUGGUCUAUUGGCGUUUCUUAACCGUUGGCAUCACACUUUUCAUUUGGGCUUUCGAACUCGUUCUUGGCAAAGAUGAUAACCCUGACGCCGCUUUUGCUGGAAGCUGGAGGUGAUGCCAAAUCAUCUUGGAGAAUUUGAAAAUGUGACAAUGCAAUGUACUAUACGCAACUCUAUCAAUGUAUUAUUUGAUCAUCAUCAGCAAUAUCGCGCACACACGCACAUCUCAUCUCAUUCAUUCGAUCAAUACAGGAAACCAAUGAUUAUUGCUCGACGUGUACAGCUUCAUCUUGAAGAUUAGUAAAACUACACAAAGUAGAGCAAAAUGAAACUUGGACUGAAUUGUUCAGAAUCAAGAGUCAAUAUUGAUCGUAGAAUAAGGAGAAAAAGAGUAAAAGCCAGAGAACAACAGAGAAAGGAACCCA